CUUCUUCAACUCCUAAACUCGUCUCUCUCUAUACUCCACCAUGAUGAAAUCUCUUAUAGUGCUCACAUUUCUCUUCACCAUCUUCUUCUUCCAUCAAUCAUCAUCAUCAACUCUUCCAAUAACGUAUAGUGUAUUGAAUUUGGGGGCCAAGCCCGACGGCAAGACUGACUCAACCAAGUCCUUCCUGAGUGCAUGGGCAUUAGCCUGUGGUUCGGCACAGCCAGCCACAAUUUACGUGCCGCCAGGAAGGUACUUGAUUGGCAGACCAGCAAACUUUGGAGGGCUAUGCAAAACCAGUGCUAUCACUAUUCGUAUUGAUGGGACGCUCGUCGCUCCGUCCAAUUACAAUGUUUUAGGAAAUGCCGGAAACUGGCUUCUGUUCGAGGGAGUCAAUGGAGUGUCUAUAGCUGGUGGAAUGCUUGAUGGACAGGGGGCUUCCCUUUGGGCUUGCAAGGCUUCUGGCAAGACUUGCCCCGAUGGAGCCACGACACUGAGUUUUACAAACUCAAACAACAUCUUAAUCAGCGGACUGACUUCAAUAAACAGUCAAUUGUUUCACAUAGUGAUCAAUGGCUGCGACAACGUGAAGCUACAAGGAGUGAAAGUCCCAGCCUCAGGCAAUAGCUCUAACACGGACGGUAUUCACGUGCAAUUAUCAUCGGGUGUCACCAUCUUAAACUCCAAGAUCAGCACAGGAGAUGAUUGUGUGUCCAUCGGUGCUGGCAAUACUAACUUAUGGAUUGAGAAUGUGGCUUGUGGUCCUGGCCAUGGUAUCAGCAUUGGGAGUACAGAAAAUGGAGUCAGGACAAAGACUUGGGGCAGACCCAGCAAUGGAUUUGUUAGGGGAGUUCUUUUCCAACAUGCAAUGUGGUGCUUGGGUGCUGGUGUUUUUUUAUGGUUUUUUUGGUUGUUGGUCUCUCACCAACUAGGAGGUUGGAGCUUUUUCUAGCUUCAAGCUCUUUUUUAUUGAUAUUUAUCUAUCAUAUGUAAUCUAUAUGUGGUUUAUCAAUAAAAUUUUCUUUUACCGAUAAAAAAAUUAAAAAAAUGGUUAAUGUCCAAAAUCCCAUUGUUAUUGACCAAAAUUAGUGCCCCAACAACAAAGGUUGCCCUGGUCAGGUAUGCUAUAUGGUCUCAUACAUUAGAAUAAAUUUUACUUGAAUUAGCUAGUAACAACUUACACUUUUCUUUUCUCUCAUGGGUUUAUUUUUCUUUUCUUUCAUGGGUUCUCAAACUGACUAUAAAUCUUACUCUUUUCUUUCCAUUAUCAUUUUUUUUUUUUUUGGAAAAGCAGAUUUCGGG